AUGUAUGGUUACCGACGCCCAAGAAGCCCCAGCGAGUCCGGGACCGGAAAGGAGGCUGACCAUGCAGCAGAGAGCAGCUCGACUCCUGCACGACUGAAUCCACCCAAACGGCAGCAACUGGAGCACCGCCCCAGGACAGGUGCAGAAUCACCCGCGGUUGAAGGACCUCCUCACUUGGAUCCAUGCCAGCUCCCAGAACCAGCCCAGGAGCACUGUGAUUCGAGCACAGAGGUGCUCGUGGUGGUCCUGGAACCAGGGGCAGGGCUGCAGCUGAGCCUGGGAGAAGAAGUCAUCACCCUGGCCUCGCAGACAGCCGUGCAGGUGACCCUUGGCAAUGUGGUCCUGGUGGUGGUCCCUGAGCAUGUCCUCAGGUCACUGGAAGGUUGGCAGUUACUGGUUGGGACCCACUACAUCUUGCCCUGCCCUGCUGAUGUCACCUGGGGGUUCCACAUUCAAGAUGGAGAUGCCCUGGCCAUGGGGGCAGAGGAGAUGCUUGCCCUGCAGGUAGAAGAGGAGGCUGCUCCCCCUGACCUCCAGCCCUUUGUGAGGCCCCCUGGAAACGAGGUCGCUGGGAUCAGCCCUUCUCUCCUGAUGACCCCGUUCUAUGUUCCAUGCUUCCUGAUGUCUGGCCCCCAGCGCUUCCCGCUCCCACCCACUCCUAGUCCCGUGAGACUCCCUCGGCAAACCGAUGGCAGCUUCAACCUCCUUGGUCUGGAGCCUGUGCCCAGCUCUGCCCUCCGACCUCUGCCCCCUUCACCAAGUCCAGGGCCCCGGAUGUGCCGCAGGGUUCACUAUAGGCCGCCCAACAGAGCACGGCGAUGUCUGUUCCCAAAGUGAUGGACCCGAGAGCCACCCUGCUUUGCUGGGUCAGGGAUUGACCGAGUCCCUGUCAGUGCGCCCCCAGGAUGUGGAGG